AUGGAGGUGAACUAUGAAGCUAGCCUCGAGGAACUGAUGACCAAUACCAAAGAAUUUCUUGAGAAUGGUCUGGAGCAUACGCACUCUUAUUCCGUCCCUUGGAUGAUCCUUGAUGUUUUCAAACCAGUCGCAUCGAUAGAUGUACUGGGGAAGGUAAUGUGGUACUGGCAGGUGAAGGAGAUCAUGAAAAAGCUGGACGCGCAUGUGAUCAAAGGAUUCCAUAUGCUCGAGACCCUCUGCGGCGCGAAAGAGCGAGCAUUGACCUUCCAGACAAUCUGUUGGAUCGUUGGCGGAUAUGGGAUUGAUCUUUUCUCGCCUGUCGAAGGAACCCCUGCUCUGGAUUCUGCGACGGCAAUGCAGACUUUUUCCCUUGAGUCCCGAAGGAACGAUGAGUCGCGGUAUCCCAACUAUCGAGUUUUCAUCAUGCGUUCGCAGUAUACUAUGGGAACCUAUACGUAUGGUGUCUGCUUGACGCACUGGCCCAGCAAGCCACAUGGUUUGCCAGACGACUACAUAAUGACAGAGUCGAAGUCGAGGGAAUGCAGAAAUUUCCUUGAGGUCUACAGCAAGCACGUCAAAUCUCUAGGUAUCUUGAGGGAAAACUCCAAUGUUUCUACGGAAGUGUCCGAUCGGCAAACGUCAACGCAACUUCCAAUCCAGGUUGAGUGGAUGGUGUUCUCUAAUCUUCUGGCGCAGCACUUUUACACCAAGUUCGAGCCAUAUUAUCAAUGGGGAGAGAGGCCUAACCGUACGACCAAGGCUGGUGGCUUUGUAAGGCAGAUCGAGCGAGAAGGGAAAGAUCUUGGCACUUUUCUCUCAGAAUCCUUGUUCAACAAAUAUCGCAUGAGUGUGGCGAGCACAUCUACCGAGUUGCCCGCGAAUGCUCUCAUGUCGGUUCAAAUUGAGAUCACCCGCAGCAAUGAUGCUGGCGAUAACCCUGACUUUGUCAAGAACAUGGUGGCUUCGUUGUACGACAAUGAUUAUUCUGAAGCCGACUGGGAAGAUUACAAUAGAACCGAGCCGUCAGAAGAUAGAGUAUGGUUGCCAGAAGAUGCAGGUUGGGCGCCAGAGGAUCCAUACUGGUGGUUACAAGAUCAAAAAUGGUCUCUCAGAUAUCCAUCUUGA